AUGUCGAACCCCAAUGCGACGUUCAGAGGGGUGCCCUUGAAGCACCUCUCGCUGGUCACACUGGUCUUCCAAAACUCAAUGCUGAUUCUGAUCAUGCACUAUUCGCGCAUCAUGCCCGCGGUUGACGGCGUCCGCUACCAUACCUCGACCUCGGUGUUCCUCAACGAAGUCAUCAAGCUUAGCAUCAGCGCGACUGUUGCCCUGUACGAUAUUGCGAAGAACCUGCCCCCGGGCACGCCUGCGACCACUCUUUUCAGCACCCUUUUUUCGAACGUAUUCGCUGGCGAUAGCUGGAAGCUCGCCAUUCCCGCCGCAAUGUACACCCUCCAGAACUCGCUACAGUACGUCGCUGUGAGCAACCUGGACGCUGCCACUUUCCAGGUCACAUACCAGCUGAAGAUCCUUACGACGGCUAUCUUCAGCGUCAUAAUGCUUGGACGAGUACUUUCGGUCAAGAAAUGGGCGGCCUUGGGCUUGCUCAUGGCCGGUGUGGCUAUAGUACAGCUGCCCCAAUAUACCCCGGAACCAGCUGUCCAGGAGAGCAAAGCAGCCGAGGCCAAACGCUGGCUCCACGCCAUUGCCGGGCGCUCCGCAACCUACCAGGGCAUUGGCGAGGACGAGGGACCGAUUAUGAACAAGUCCGUCGGCCUGAUGGCUGUUUUGAUUGCCUGCGCUCUUUCUGGGCUCGCCGGUGUAACCUUCGAAAAGAUCCUCAAGCAGUCCUCAUCAACAAAGCAGGCAUCACUCUGGAUCCGUAACUGCCAGCUCUCGUUCUGGUCUCUGUUCCCUGCCUUCUUCAUUGGCAUCGUCUGGGUUGAUGGUCAGAAUAUCGCGACGGACGGCUUCUUCGCGGGUUACAACUGGAUUGUGUGGACUGCAAUUGGCUUCCAGGCCGCAGGUGGCAUAAUUGUCGCCCUUGUCAUCAAUUACGCGGAUAAUAUUGCCAAGAAUUUUGCCACAAGUCUGUCGAUCAUCGUCAGUUGUGUAGCGAGUGCGUACUUCUUUGAUUUUGAGAUCACCUUAGCGUUCGCUGUGGGAACUGGUGUUGUUCUGGCAGCAACCUAUUUGUACACGCAGCCAGACGCGCCGAAGCAAACUACAAUCGCGCCUCUCGAGGGAACCACGACCGGCGACUCCGAGCAAGCCGUUCCGUUGAUGACAAGAGGCCGACCCAGCUCUGAUAGAGAGUCCUCGGACCACAUGCGGCCAGCUGAGAAGCCUGAGUGA